CCAUCAUCUUGGCUUGAUUCAAGCAAGAAACCAUUCACCUCUUGCCGCAAUUCCUCGCGGAUAACCACUCCUCUUUUACACUUGAACUAUCAUACCCGGGAUCCCGUAAUCUACAUCAACAAUGUGCCCCGACCACGUCGACGUCCGCCCCUUCAACGAGGAAGAGACCGAGGUCGUGCUCCAAAGCACCCUCCGCGGCCCCUUCCACGACCCCCCCGUUCCCGCCGCCCUGAUUGAAGCCCUCUCGCCAACCUCGUACGCAUCGCCUAACUCGCAGGUGUUUCCCAACCUUGCCAUUGGGUCGCCCAGCCUGUGGACGCCUGAUGACUCUCCCAACGCCUCCAUCUUCCCUUACAUGAUUAACGAGGUCGGGGAGCAUCUGCCCAUCUCUCAUUACAACAAGUGCAAGGCUGAUUCUGGUGUUGACCAAAUCAACGGCUUCGUCUUUGUCUGCGAUGCCGGGGUGGAGCAGCUGCAGGGCCCUCAGGGACGCUACUUUUACAAGGACUGCAAGAAAUACGGCUCCGGGGCCCAAGUCAAUGGCGUUGAGAUUGUGGUUCACGGUUCUGCUAGGAAGGCUCCGGCACCUCCCUCCCUCCCCGGCCGAUGGGACGGUGUGAACUUGGUGAAUGUGGAGGGGAGAGAUGCAAAGGGGGCCUUUAAGAAUCAGAUCAACGGGGGGAGGAUCCGGCCGAUGAUGAUGGCCGACAUGGGGAUGCCAUCCGGCAGUGCCCAUUGAGGCAAAUGACGGUUCAGCCUGUUUACUGAUGGAAAUUGUUUGUUGUCUGCAUUUAGGAAAGGGCCUUUGCAUUGUGCGGGGCUGUUUGUUGAUUGUUUUUGUUUAUUUGACUUUGAUUGCAUUUAAGAUGGUAAUAUAGAGCUUGUUUUGUGUUUAAGAUUGUUUUAAGUUGACAGACUAAAUUGAUUGCGUUUGCUUUGUAAAUUCUAGGAGUUUU